AUGUCGUCUGGUGAUGCCGGCUUCCCUGGCUGGGAACACCACCGCGCCGAGAACGAGGACCUCUACACCUCGCCUCUGUUCACCGACACUUCGCCAUGCCUGACCGACAACAGCUCCUUUGAGCCCAACUCGUGCGACACGAGUCCACUGCUGGCCAACGAUCUGGAUGCUUCUGCGAGUGAAGUGGCUCACAUGCCCCUCUUCGGUGACAUGACCCUGUUCAGUCCUUACCAAGCUACAGAAGUGUCGUUUGAGAGGGCGGGCGCGACUGCUUCGACGGCGCUGUCUCCCAACUUCUCGCUCUUCCCCGAUGUGCACGCUCCUCCCUCGCCUCCUCGAGGUCAGAUGGCCUUCAACCCAGCUGCGACCGAACCGGCAGAAGAUUCGGCUACCAUGCUACUGCGAGCUCUGCAGGGCAUUGCCAACACGCACGCUCAAGCCCAGCAGGCUCAGCCUCCCGUCCACUCUGCCUCUCCCAAGCUACUCACCGGCGACGGUGGAUUGGACAGCAGCAGCAGCACCGUCGAUGCUACCCGACUCGCCAAGCCUCCUCUUCAGCACUCUGCCACUGCCCCUGUGUUCAGCCGACACAGUUGCUCCUUUGACGGCGGCAGCAGUACGGAAGGAUGUCAGGACGACUCCAGUGUGACGACAGCUGCUCCUGCGUGCACGAAGCGAGGCGUCAAGCGUCGACUACGAGUCGACGACCUCCUGCCCCUCGACGCUCCCAUCCAAACCCGCAACUACCUCGGGCCCUCGUCGACGUCGCGCAAGGACUGGGUUCCACCCUCGGACGUCGAUGCUGGACCGAGUGCCGAGGAGCUGGCUGCGAUCCAAGCCGAGAGCGACCCGCUCAAGGCCAAGCGUCUGAGCAACACCCUUGCCGCUAGACGAUCUCGUCACCGCAAGGCUGCCGAGCGUGCCGAGUUCCUCGCGAGGAUCAAGGAGCUAGAGGACGAGGUGAGCAGUUGGAAGCGCAGGUGCGAGAGGGCUGAGAGGGAGAGAGAUGAGCUGCUGGGUGCUGCGCGCCCUGAGCAGGAAGAAGAAGAUGAGAGCGAGGAAGAGCAGUGA